CCAAUACAUUAUUACAUCCUUUGAAACACAGAAGAUCCCACAUAGUUAUUUUAAAUAUGUCUCUUGAUGGCUGGCUCAGAACAUCUGUAAGCAAUGGAACAAACUUUAUGCAGAUAUCCAGCAUACGAGUUUCACAUCAUCCCCUUUGUGGUCAGAAUAUUUUCAGAUCUUGCAAUGAACUGCUGGUGUCUAUCCCAAGCUGAAUAUGCAAACAAGAUUUCACUGGUUAGGCGGAAUCAGCAUGGACUUACCAAGCGGGUUUUUCCAGACUAUGAGACUCAUCAAAAAGACAUUUUGCUUAUAAAUCAGAUGGUUGUUAAAGUUACUUGGACUGUGGACGAACUAAGUGCGAAGAGAUAUGCAGGAACAGGGGAACAAAAUUAGAAGGAAAACUCAGUAUGGUGCUACCGAGUCACCAAAGCCACAGGAUCACCAGGAGGGCCAGGAUCAAACCUACUUGGAUGAGAGGAUCGCUAUUCCAGAUGUUGGUGGGUACGGUUUCAGUUUCAGAAAGCUUUGGGCUUUCACCGGGCCAGGAUUCCUCAUGAGUAUUGCCUACCUGGAUCCAGGAAAUAUUGAGUCAGACUUACAAUGUGGUGCUGUCGCUGGCUUCCAACUGCUCUGGGUCCUGCUUUGGAGUACAAUUUUGGGCCUGCUCUGCCAAAGGCUGGCUAUCCGGCUUGGGGUAGUUACAGGGAAGGACUUAGGAGAGAUAUGUUAUCACUACUAUCCCAAGGUCCCACGUGUGCUGCUCUGGAUUAUGAUCGAAAUUGCUAUAAUUGGCUCUGAUAUGCAGGAAGUGAUUGGAACAGCAAUUGCUUUCAACCUCCUUUCAGCUGGACGUAUCCCUUUGUGGGGUGGAGUCUUGAUCACAAUUGUGGACACCUUCUUCUUCCUCUUCUUAGAUAAAUAUGGUCUCAGGAAGUUAGAAGCCUUUUUCGGCCUCCUCAUUGCUAUCAUGGCAGUAACGUUUGGCUAUGAGUACGUGGUUGUAAAACCUGAUCAAAAAGAGGUGCUGAAAGGGAUUUUUAUUCCUUACUGCAAGAACUGUGGACACGAGCAGCUUCUGCAGGCUGUGGGUUUGGUUGGAGCCAUCAUUAUGCCCCAUAACAUCUAUUUACAUUCUUCCCUUGUCAAGACCCGAGAAGUGGACCGCGCCAACCAGAAAGCGGUGAAAGAAGCCAAUAUGUACUUUCUGAUUGAAUCCACCAUUGCACUCUUUGUUUCCUUCCUCAUCAAUCUCUUUGUCAUGUCUGUGUUUGGCCAGGCUUUUUUUCAACGCAGCAACCAGGAAGUGCAUGAUGUCUGUGCCAAUCAGAGCUUAUUCUUGAAUCAGAGCAUUUUCCCCAACUUUCCUGAAAAUAAUGAGACUGUGACUGUGGAUAUUUUCCAAGGGGGAAUUAUCCUGGGAUGCUACUUUGGGUCCAUUGCUCUCUAUAUCUGGGCUGUUGGAAUUCUUGCAGCAGGUCAAAGUUCAACCAUGACAGGAACCUAUGCAGGACAGUUUGUUAUGGAGGGUUUCUUACAAAUGCGCUGGUCGCGCUUUGCCCGUGUGGUCUUCACUCGUUCCUUCGCCAUUCUUCCCACUGUCUUUGUCGCUGCCUUUAGGAACGUAGGAGACUUAACAGGCCUCAACGACCUUCUAAAUGUACUCCAGAGCAUCUUGCUACCUUUUGCGGUCAUACCUGUUCUCACCUUCACCAGCAUGGAACCUCUCAUGAAGGAUUUUGUCAACGGGAUCAUUGGAAAAUUUCUAAUGAUCCUGAUCACUGCAUUAAUCUGUGCAAUCAAUUUAUACUUCGUGGUGACAAGCAUCAUAAGCUUGAACCAUCUGGCCUACUACAUUGCCAUAUCAUUCGUGCUCAUCGCUUACGUGGCCUUCGUCUGCUACCUGAUUUGGACUUGUCUCAUUUCACAUGGAGCUGCCUUCCUAGCUCGUGGGCCCCAUACUCGGUUCAGUUAUGGAUUGCAGUGAUAGUACAUCCCACUCAUCACCACUGGAAGCUGAUGAAUCAUCACUGUUCCCCAACAAAACAGGAAGCAGCUGCUCUUGGGGAUCUGCCAGGAAGCAAAGGUGUCAGAAGCAGAGUUUCUGUUGGCAAAGGAUGGACUCCAGCAUCAGUAGUGAUCACUCAGCAGAAGCACAGUGUCUGCUUUGCAGGCCAAAAGUUCCAGAGACAAUUUCUGGCAUUCCUAAAGAACCUUCAGACUUGGAAUGGCUGUGGUGUAACUUCCAGAGAGGGUUCAAGACUUGAUGCACUCUUGUUUUUUAAUCCUGACGGCAUGUAGCAAGUUAGAAAAAAAAAAGUGUAAAGAAAAGUAUAAAGUAUUCUAGAUACUCAUGACCAAAUGUGCACACCUUCUACCAGCUUCAGACCCAGAUCGGCUUUGUGUGGAACAUCAAGGCAUCCACUUUACUAGUGGGUGGGGAGCAUUUCUUUUUUGGGGGGAGGUGGGUUUAGGAGCUUAAGGAAUGGGGAUAAAGAUAGGAAUGUUUGGUUCCACCAUUGGUGAGGCCACAAAGGAAUAAUGGAAGAAUCCCUUUGGUUCUACUUUUGCAUCAUUACUUUAGACUUUGUCCUUUGUCUUACUCUGGCCUGUGAGACUCUGUGAGAAAUCUCUCAAAGUAAUAUGCACCUAAUAUUUAUACUGAAGGAUCUGGCAGCUACUCCUUCUUUGCCCCCAUUUUAAUCUAAAAGCUACUAUCAGAGCCCAUAACUGACAAUUCCACAAGCCCACACUCUAGUUAAGGAUCCACUGUAGAUCAGUCAACUCACCUUACCUUCUCCAUGCUAUUGCUGCUUGACUUCUGCCCUCAGGAUGAAAGCAGUAAUGGGAAUGACAGCUGGAGUAAUGAAUCGUCUUGAUUAGAACAAGGGGGCCCAUUCAGGGGUGAAAUGCUCCCGGAUCGGAUCAGAUUGCCCGAUCCGGUAGCGAUCUUGGCCGAUGGUUCGGCGAUCUGGUAGUGAUGGCGGAGCAAAGCUCCGCCCACCCAUCCAGGUGUCAUUACUUCCUGGUUUGAACCAGGAAGUAAUGUGUUUUUUACCUUUUGCGCAUGUGCAGGUUUUGCACAUGCGCAGGUCUGCGUGCACAUGUGACACAUGCGGCGUGUGCACUUCCAAACCGGUAAGGAAGGUGAAUUCACGCAUUAUGCUAAGACAUGACUUAUUUAACUAUGGUUUAUUGACUAAUAUGACAUGGGUUUUUUGACAUAACAUGAUGUGGGAUUUACAAAUUGCAAAUGUUGAGCUUACAUACACAGUACACCAAGCCAAAGCAAAACAACUACUUUAUGAUUUAGUGUAAGGGACUGCAGAAGGUAUAGGAUUCUCAAAGCCUAUAUAACAAAUGCUAUUAACAUAAUUUGGAUUGCAAAGUUUCCUCCUCAUCUUAAACACCAAUUCUAGCAGUUCCUUUUCAGAUCAGUGUUUUAGUUUAAGUUCCUAUGCGGCCAUGGCACUACAACAUAGAGGUAGUCCUCAACUUACGAAUACAAUUGAGGCUGGAAUCUUAAGUCAUUGAGUAAAGUGGUUAAAGAUGCUAUGUAACCACUUUGCUCAACGUCCUGUAAUCCUGACUUGCCCAGUUGUGGUAGUUAAGCAACUGUGCAGGUUGUUAAGUAGAACACCAGGGAGAAGGCCCAGACCUCCAGUGCAUGGUGGGGCAGAGAAGAGGACCCAGGUCUCCCAUCACACCCAGGAAUGGGAGACGCCCAGACCCUCUCUCUGCCUCACCAAGGAGAACAAUUGCAAGAACAAUGGAGUUCUAGAGGGCAAAUCCCUUGUCACUUUGGAGGAAUGGACCUCAAGUCUGGCAGAAACUGGAAGGCUCAGAAUACUGGCACUUGUUUUCAUUCUCACCAAAUUUGAAGCUUGUUCCUCCAGCACAUGAAGAUUUCUCCUCCCUGCCUUGGGGGAAGGGAAAAUCCCUUAGCAUGCCAGGGGAAAGGACUUCAAAUCCAACAUCCUCUCUGCUUGCAACCUUCUCAGUUGCUUCCCCAUUGGCUUUCUGGAGAAGCCAACGAAGAAGAUUGUAAAUGGUGAUCAUAUGAUCACACUUAGUGACCAGUCAUAAAUUUGAAAAGUCAAGUGCCCGAAAUGUUAUCAUGUGACUUUGGAGAUACCAACACAAUGUUUUAUGAUGGCCGAAAGUACUUUAUAGGUGGUAAAGCAUUCUUUCCAAGACUAUCAUGACUGAAAACACUUAUUAAAUGAUCGGUUGUAAGUCUACCUGUAGAUGGAGUGACUCAGAAGGCAUAGAAAACUGAAAAUUAAAUAAGAAUUUCAUUUUUCGCAAAA